AUGGCAGGGGAUGAGAGUGCUGGAGGGCUGCCGUUUGUCAGAGGAGUGUCUGGUGUCUGUCUUUUUAGGUCGGAGCUCUUAAGCCUGCUAAAAACCUACAACUGCUACCAUGAGGGGAGAAGCUUCCAGCUGAGACACAGAGAGGAAGAAGGGGCUCUGAUCAUCGAGGGGCUCCUCAACAUCUCCUGGGGGCUGAGGCGGCCCAUCCGGCUCCAAAUACAGGAUGACAGAGAGCGUCUGCACCUCCCCGUCACUGCGUGGACGUCUGGGCAGCCCACCUGUGACCAAAAGGAGCCCCCUCCUCAGGACAGCAGCAGGAACCCUGCUGAGGAGCUGGCGGCUGACCCUUUGCAGAGGGCGGAGAGCUCCAGCCACAGCUCAGAGCCCCUGAAAGGGGACACGGAGGUCCCACAGCUACCGCGGACCAGGAGCGACGCCAGCUGUGUAAUUCAGAGGAGGCCCAAGGGCCGCACGCCCAGCGAGGCGCAGAGGGUCCGGCAACACCGCUUCUCCAUCAACGGGCAUUUUUACAACCACAAGACCUCCGUGUUUACUCCUGCCUUCGGCUCCAUGACCAAUGUGAGGGUCAGCAGCACCAUGACAACCCUGCAGGUGCUCACCCUGCUGCUGAACAAGUUCAGAGUAGAAAAUGACCCUGAAGAGUUUGCACUCUACAUUGUGCACGAGUCAGGGGAGAGGACGAAGUUAAAAGACCAUGAGUACCCCCUGAUUUCCAGAAUCCUGCACGGGCCAUGUGAGAAGAUUGCCAGGCUCUUCCUGAUGGAAACAGACUUGGGCGAAGAAGUCCCCUACGAUGUCGCUCAGUACAUUAAGUUUGAAAUGCCGGUGCUGGACAGUUUUGUUGAGAAAUUAAAAGAAGAGGAGGAAAGAGAAAUAAUCAAGCUGACCAUGAAGUUCCAAGCCUUGCGUCUGACAAUGCUGCAGCGUCUGGAGCAGCUGGUGGAGGCCAAGUAG